AGAGAAAAAAACAAAAAGGAGAAAGAGAGAGGGAUCGAUCCUGGAGAAGGAGAAGGUGCAGGAAGAGAGAGAGAGAGAGAGAGAGAGAGAGAGAGGAGCGCGGAGUGAGUGAGUGUGACAGAGGGAGAGGGAGAGGGAGCGCUGUCCAGUCCCGCAGCGGCUGCAGGUGCUGCCAGACCUGCUGAGAUUGUCCAGCCAUCUCGGUUUUUGUUUCUGAUUUCCAACAUCUGCAGUGUUUUGGUCUUUGGGAGAUAAAGGAGCUACUGAGGGCAAGGAGGCUGGGACGGACACAUAUAAAAACAAGCUGAAAGCAAUUGGAGUUCCUCUUCCUCAUUAAACCCCAGCCAACUCGGGUGGAGCGUGCUCCUCUGUCAGUGACCAGUUCCAGCUCCUGCAGUGGCACGAUGGCUCCUACCCUGGCGACAGCUCACCGUCGGCGCUGGUGGAUGGCAUGUACAGCCGUGCUGGAAAACCUACUGUUCUCCGCCGUGCUCCUGGGCUGGGGCUCGCUGCUCCUCAUGUUAAAGUCCGAGGGUUUCUACUCAUACCUCUGUGAGGAACCAGCGAACGUUACCAACAGCAGCUCGGCGGGAAACAGCAGCAGUGACCUGGAACUCCCGCUGAGGAUGAACGGCUGGCUCAUCUGCAAGGACCAAGAUGAGAUGUUGAAUUUGGCAUUUACUGUCGGGUCCUUCCUGCUCAGUGCCAUCUCACUGCCCCUUGGCAUUGCCAUGGACAAGUAUGGACCUCGGAAACUCCGUCUGAUUGGCAGCACCAGUUUUGCCUUGUCCUGUUUGUUAAUUGCCUAUGGAGCCAGUAAUCCUGACGAUCUUUCCGUGCUGAUUUUCAUCGCACUGGCCCUGAAUGGAUUCGGGGGGAUGUGUAUGACCUUCACUUCUCUCACGUUGCCGAACAUGUUUGGGGAUCUGCGAUCGACGUUUAUCGCUCUCAUGAUUGGCUCAUACGCUUCAUCCGCUGUGACAUUCCCAGGAAUCAAGGUGAUCUAUGAUUUUGGAGCUCCCUUUAUCACCAUCCUGCUGGUGUGGGCCGCCUGUGGGGGCCUUGUCUUCAUGAACUGCUUCCUGAACUGGCCCCUGGAACCAUUCCCAGGCCCCGAGGAUAUGGACUACACGGUGAAGGUUAAGUUCAGCUGGCUGGGUUUCGAUCACAAGAUCACAGGGAAGCAGUUCUAUAAGCAGGUGACCACAGUAGGCCGCAGGCUGAGUGUGGGCAACUCCAUGAAGCCUCAGGAGAAGCUGGCCACUCAGGACGGUAACAAGCUGUGUCUGUCCACCGUCGACCUGGAGGUCAAAUGUCAGACUCCAGACCAAGGGUCUGGGUCCUUCAUGCAGAGUAUCUUCAGCCCAGUCUAUAUCCUCAGCCUGGUCACUAUGUGUGUCACACAACUCCGGCUCAUCUUUUACAUGGGAGCCAUGAACAACAUCCUGGAGGAUCUGGUCGAGGGAGAUCUUGUCACAGUCAGUCUGUACUCGUCCAUCUUCGGGGUGCUGCAGCUGCUGUGUUUGAUGACCGCCCCGGUGAUUGGUUACAUUAUGGACUGGAAACUGAAGGACUGCGAUGAUGGGAUGUCCGACACAGAGGAGAAGGAGCUGGCUGCUGGGAGGAAGCCCAGCGGAAAGAAAAGAGACCGAAAGAUUCAGAAAAUCACCAAUGCUACCCGAGCGUUUGUCUUCACAAACCUCCUCCUUGUCGGGUUUGGGAUUACCUGCCUCAUCCCGAACCUCCCACUGCAGAUUCUCUCCUUCAUUCUCCACACGAUCGUUCGGGGAUUCAUUCACUCGGCUGUCGGUGGGCUUUACGCUGCUGUUUACCCGUGUACACAGUUUGGCAGUCUGACUGGAAUGCAGUCACUCAUCAGCGCCCUGUUUGCACUUCUCCAACAACCCCUCUUCCUGGCGAUGAUGGGACCACUCGAAGGUGAUCCUCUCUGGGUGAAUAUCGGUUUGUUGGGGGUCAGUAUGCUGGGUUUCUGCCUCCCGGCCUACCUGCUCUAUUACAGACAGCAACUCCGUAAACAAAAGCUGCAGAAAGCUGAGGAUGCCAAGCUCUUCAUGAAAAUCAACGGCAGCUCCAAGCAUGAGGCCUUUGUGUAGGCCGUGGUAAUGCUUCCCCACAGUGAGACAGGACUCUCGAGGCCCAGGAUCACCCACCCUCUAUCAACAGGCUCCUCUGUUUCCUGAUGGUGCUCAAAGGGGGAGCAGGCACCUUCAUUUCAUCAAAUUAAUCGCUGUUAUUUAUGGGAAAGGGAAUACAUAUAGAGCUGUCCUCCCAGAAACCUGGUGGCCGAGUUACAGCUCUUUUAGUGAGUUUUGCUUUCUUUCUCUUGAUUAUCUUCAUCGGAGCAGGCAAUGCCCUGGAUUGUCCACUCAGAGCCCACCCAGACACUCCACCUCUUCUUGCUCUCAUGUCCCAGUCCCAGUCCCAUCCCCUCCGUCAGCUCCCACCCCCACCCCCACCUGAAGCUGCUGACUUUCUCCAGGAGGGUAGGGAGCAGCAACUGUCCUGUUACUCCGAGCCACCCUCCUGGUUGUUGGAGUAUUGUCAGGCUGCUCGACUGUGACAGGAAUCACAGUCACAUUGGGUACUAUGCUGGCCAGUGGGCAGUAAUAUUGAUUAACUCCUUCCUCCCCCCACUGACCCCGACUUGUUGGGUUAGGUCUGAGUUGCAGUGGAAAUGUUUCUGAAAAUAAACACUGCUCCCGUGUCGGUAUUAGAACAAGGCUCUUCCCC